AUGAGAAAUAUCUAUAGCGUAACGUCUCUCUCCUCCCCUUUCUCUCCCUCCUUCCCUCUUUCUCUCACUCUCUCUCUCCUUCUUCCUCUCUAUCUCUCUCCUCUCCCUCUCUCUCUCUCCCCUCUUGCUUCCUCACAAUCUCUCUCUUUCUCCCCUCUCUCUUUCUUACCCUCUCUCUUUCUCUCUCCCUCUCCCCCACUCUCCCUCUCUCCUUCUCUCUCUCCUCUUUCUAUCUCUCCUUCUCUCCCACUCUUCCUAUCUCUCCUUCUGCCCCUCUCUCUUUCUCUCUCCUCUGCACCCUCUCCCUCUCUCCUUCUCUCCCUCUCUCCUUCUCUCCUCCCUCUCCUUCUCUCCUCUUCUUCUCUCUAUCUCUCCUUCUCCCCUCUCUCUUUCUCUCCCUCUUCCUCUCUCCCAUUCUCCCUCUCAUUCUCCCCCUCUCACUCCUUCUCUUUCUCCCUCUCCUUAUCUCUACCUACCCCUCUCUCCCACUUUCCCUCUCUCCUUCUCUCUCUCCUCUUUCUCUCUCUCCUUCUCACCCCUCUCCUCGCUCUCCUCCUUCUCCCCUCUCUCCCCUCUCCUCUCCCUCUCUCCCUCUCCCUCUCCCCUCUCCCUAUCUCCCUUCUUUCUCUCUCUCCUUCUCUCACACUCUCCCUCUUUCUCUCCCUCUCCCUAUCACCCACUCUCCCUCUCAUUCUCCCCCUCCCUCUCCUUCUCUCUCCCUCCUUCUCUCUUUCUCUCUCUCCUCUUUCUCUCUCUCCCUCUCUCUCAUUCUCCUUCUACCUCUCUCUCUUUCUCUCCUUCUAUUUCUCUCUCCUCCUCUCUUGCUACCUCUCUCUCAUUUGCUCUCUGGCUCACUCCCUCGCUCUGUAUCUUUCUAUCAAUCUUAAGGCGCAAAUGAUCAUGAUUUUCCAAAGUUCCCUUUCUUUGGUUGCAAUUCUUCCACUUUUACGAUCACUCUUUGUAUUUCUGACAUUCGUUCAUCUAUCCACUUGUCCGAACCUGUCAAUUAAGAGGAUUCCUCCCUCACUCUUUUUCUCUUGCCUUGAGAGUGCCGUUUUAAAAAAAAAAUUGUUCUUGUAA